AACUUAAUUAUGAAUGGUUCGUUCUCUUUUCUAGAACCUCUGAUUUGUUGUAGAGAUUCUACAUGUUUUCGAGUAACCAAUUAAAGAAAAGUCGUAACGGAAAAAAGUGAAAAAAAUAUAUGUUUAGUAUUUGAAACGGAAACGCCAUCUACGCUCCAAUAGAUCCUUGCAAUUGUGCUUUGCUGUCGAGUUGAAGAAACGUUAUUCAGUCAUAAAUUGUGAGCUAUCGUUUUUACAGUGACUCAGAAUGGUUUCCUUGAAUCCUGUCAGGAUCUUCAAGAAUGAAGCGGAAGAAGAAAAGGCAGAAAUUGCCAGGUUAAGUUUAUUUGUAGGAGCAAUAGCCAUUGGUGAUCUAGUAAAAUCAACGCUUGGUCCCAAGGGUAUGGAUAAAGUAUUGGUGGCUCAUGGUCGAUCUGCUGGACAAGUUCAAGUUACCAAUGAUGGAGCAACUAUUCUUAAAAGUGUCGGUGUAGAUAAUCCUGCAGCCAAAAUUUUAGUGGACAUGUCUCGUGUACAAGAUGAUGAAGUUGGAGAUGGUACAACAUCUGUAACUGUUCUUGCUUCUGAAUUAUUAAGAGAAGCAGAGAAAUUAAUUGAUCAAAAAAUUCAUCCACAAACUAUAAUUGCUGGCUGGAGGGAGGCAACUAAUGUAGCUCGAAAAGCUUUGCAGAAUGCUGCAACUGAUAAUUCUGCAGAUCCUGAACGUUUUUAUGAAGAUUUAACUAACAUUGCUCGUACAACCCUGAGCUCAAAAAUUUUAUCUCAACAUAAAGAGCAUUUCAGCGCCCUUGCAGUGAAUGCUGUUUUACGUCUUAAGGGAUCUGGCAAUUUGUCAGCUAUUCAAAUAAUUAAGAAACGUGGAGGAACUUUAGGUGAUUCCUACCUUGAUGAUGGAUUCUUACUGGAUAAGAAACCUGGAAUGCAUCAACCGCAAAGAGUAACUGAUGCGCGUAUACUUAUAGCUAACACUCCAAUGGAUACAGAUAAAAUCAAGGUUUUUGGAUCAAGAGUUCGAGUUGAUUCCAUGGCGAAAAUUGCAGAAUUGGAAGCAGCGGAAAAAGAAAAAAUGAAGGACAAAGUUGAGAAAAUUAUAAAACAUGGCUCCAACGUUUUCGUUAAUAGACAGUUAAUUUAUAAUUAUCCUGAACAAUUGUUUGCCGAUGCUAAUAUUAUGGCUAUUGAGCAUGCUGACUUCGAUGGUAUCGAAAGACUUGCACUUGUCACCGGCGGAGAAAUAGUCAGUACUUUUGAUAAUCCUGAAAUGGUGAAACUUGGAAAAUGUGAUCUUAUUGAACCGGUAAUGGUGGGUGAAGAUACUUUGCUUAAAUUUUCGGGAGUUCCUUUGGGAGAAGCUUGUACAGUCAUAAUCAGAGGCGCUACUCAACAAAUUGUUGACGAAGCAGAAAGAUCUCUGCACGAUGCUCUUUGCGUAUUAUCAGCUACCGUACGCGAAUCUAGAAUUGUUUAUGGCGGUGGAUGCAGUGAAAUGAUAAUGGCUUUGGCUGUCAUGAGAGCAGCAGCUGCUACUCCUGGAAAAGAAGCAGUUGCAAUGGAAUCGUUUGCUCGAGCAUUGCAACAAUUACCUACUGUCAUUGCGGAUAAUGCUGGUUACGAUUCGGCUCAAUUAGUCAGCCAACUAAGAGCUGCACAUAAUUCUGGUGCAGUUACGAUGGGUCUCGAUAUGGAACAAGGAAAGAUUAGUUGCAUGAAAAAAUUAGGUGUAAUUGAAUCUUGGGCUGUGAAGAGACAAGUUUUACUUAGCGCAGCUGAAGCAGCAGAAAUGAUAUUGCGCGUAGAUGAUAUCUUACGAGCAGCACCGAGAAAGCGCGUCAGGGAUCGUGGACGUUGUUAAAUACACAAAGAGAUCAUUUACUGCUUUAAUUUUUUCGCACUGCUUUUCCAUUAUGUGAAUUAUGGUCAGAUUUAUAAACAACUUUAGCUUCAAGUAUUAUCCAUUUUGUUAAUAAUAUUAAUUGCAAACUUUUAAUUAGUGUCGGAACGCUAAUUAUUUUUUAUUGUUGUAAUAUGUACCGUCAUUUUUACAUUAAAAAUAUUUAAUUCAAAAAGGAAGUAAGGGAUACAUAAAACAGACAGAAUAACUUGUGAUCAUCAUUUUUUAUAACAAAACAACAAAUAUAACAUCAAUAAAUGCUUGAUACCUUGAACCUA